AUGAGGGAAUCAGCAAUAAUAAGAACGACAAAACAACAACAACAACUCGAAUACAUCGGAGACGACAAAAUAACAAAAAUAAUAACAGUUCAAGAGGGCGGUGACCUCAAAAUAACAUGUCCAGUUGACCUUAAUACGGUCAACGAAAUUCUAUGGCUCAAGGACCACAAGGCUAUUCUCACGCGAUUGGUUGACGGAUUAAAGCCAACCAGAACGUACAGGGUCAGGUCGGUGGCAGUUGAAGAUGGGGGAAUGUACACCUGCAAAGCCACGAAUGGGUUCGGCGCCAACUACUUUCAUAUCUUUGUUUAUGUCUAUGGUGAGUGA